AUGACGUCAGUCGUGCUGGCGAUGGCAGGGACCAUCAGCGUAGGCUACGAGUACAAUGUACCAAACCCCGUUUUCGGUGCCUACUCUGCUCAGGGUUCUACCUCGACUGGGUAUGACCGACCCGGAUAUAACUACAAAGCCUCCUCCAACUUGGGAUACAAUUCUGCAUUUGGAAACUAUGGUAACUACGGUGCCUCUACUGGCAUUGGCUCAGGCUUAACCAGUACGGGCUACCCAAAAGGAUCAUAUGUUCAAAGUGGCUCAACAUUUGGCACUGAUUCAAACCAAAAAUAUCUGUCUGGAGCGGGAUCGGGUUACAACUCCGGAUACUACCAAACAGGUUCAGGAUCUACUACCGGAAGUGGGUCUGGAUACUACCAAACAGGUUCAGGAUCGACUACCGGAAGUGGGUCUGGAUACUACCAAACUGGUUCAGGAUCUAAUACUGGAAGUGGGUCAAAUUUCAAUGAACUUGGCCCUAAUCAAUCAAAUCAUAACUCUGGAUCAGCUUUUGGAACAGGAUCUAACAAUAACUACGGUUCAACCGGUUCUUUUGGAUCUAAUAAUUAUGGAACUGGUUCGGGACACCAGCUUACUGAAUAUCAAACUACUUUUGAAAGUACAUCUGAUACGAGCGGCCUAGACAAAAUUGGGAGCCACUACGAAUCAGCAAGUGCCGCUAACCAGUUUCAGUCCUCAAAUCAAUACCAUUCAGCAGCUAAACAAGAAUAUUAUAUUCAAAACUCCCAACAGCCUACACAAGUAUUUAAACAUUUUUAUGUACUCUCCGCACCUGAAGAACCAGAACCAGUCAGGCAACGUCAACCGAUUAUAUUGCCACCCGCACAAAAACACUACAAAAUCAUAUUUAUUAAGGCACCCAGUCAACCAGCGCCAUCUCCGCAGAUAAUUACUGUACCUCAACAAAAUGAAGAAAAGACCAUUGUUUAUGUCUUGGUAAAGAAACCAGAAGAUGUCAAGAACAUUGCUCUACCUAAAUUUGAAUCUAAGGCACCGACAAAACCUGAAGUAUUUUUCAUCAAAUACAAUGACAAAUCCGAUUCUCAAGCCCUCAUUGAUAACAUUGUCAGUGAUUACAACAAAGGUGGCGUAAAGGCGUCUUUUUCUAAUUUAAAUGUAGGGACCAGCAAUGGAGCCAUGUUCACUGCUACUGGACCAACUUCAACGAGCGAAGAUACUUCAGGAUCUCUUGAUAGUAUUUUGCACUCAGAGCAAUCUUUCGAGGUUGGUGGAUCAGAUACUUCAAGUCAAUUUAAUAAAGGUACUACUCUUUUAAGUAACAAAGACGCAUCCAUUAUUGAAACUGGCAGUGGAACUAAUCUUCAGUCAACAUCAAAUUCUGCAACGGGAUCUAUUUAUGUCCCUUUCCAAGCAACUGAAACCAGUAGCAGUUACAAUUCCUAUGAUUCGGCUUUAAAACCAACCGGUAACUUUCCUUCUGUGAAUAACGACGUAAGUUCAAGUACGUCUGAGUCUACUGUGGAAAAUUUUGACAACAGAUUUAAUACUGACAUCGCAGCUAGUACUAUUAGCCAGGGUGCCGGUGAAACAUUUGCAGCAGUAGUGAAUGACGAGUCUAGUUCUGUUUCUUCAAUAAUUUCAAAUUCGAAUUUGGAAAGCAGCACUUUCGAUGCAUCAAGUGGUAUUGAUACUACUUUACCUAACUAUGCACCAAACAAUUUAUAUGGGAGUUCUACUGUCAAAGGCUCUAGCAACGGCUUAGGCAGCUUGACUGCUAUUGGGUCAGUAGGAAAUAGUGGAUCAAAUACGGCUACAUCUUUUGGGAGUGCCUUAGGUUAUAACUCUGGCACAUCAUACAAAUCCUACAACACAGCCAAGCCCAGCGUUAGCUUUGGCACAAAUUAUAAUAACUAUGAUUCGAGUGCCGGAAGUGGUGCAGUUGGCUCUGAAAAGUAUAGCUCGUCCUCUGGAUUUGGCUCUGGUGUAUCAUCUGUAAACGUAUAUCAUCAAAACAGCCUACCGCACAACUCGUUCAGCUCCACAACCGCCAACGUCUUACCUUCUGGCGCCCAAUCGAGUUUUGAUUCUUCUCUAGUGUCACCGAGCCAAGGAGUUCCCUAUGAAACAUAUGGCCCACCUAAGUUUAAAGUAGUUUAG